CAUAACCUUCAGACACUAUCAUAUAUACACUAAAAAUAAUCGAAUAAUAAGCCGACGUUUAUUUAAGCAGUUGUAAUUGGUAAAGAAAGCCGUUUAUAUAGCCGAGCGAAAUAAACUAAUCCAGUGCAUCUAGGCAGCAGCCGCUGACGGAACGCAAAACGUCUCUUCAUGUUUGAUGGCAUACAUUUGUAUGAAUUAGGGCUGGCAGAACAAUCAUCAGUGCUGAACAACUUGCAUUUCUAGAAAGGCAGAGAUCGACAACGUUGAAGUGCCCUCAUCAGGUGAACAGCGCAGCUCGCUCAGUCAGACACUGGCACUGACUCAUCCAACCUACUUAUUCGGACAGGGACCAUUCCGCUCCGUGUCCAUAAACAGUCAUUUCUGAACGUGUUAAUUUUGUUAGUUUUUAUUGGGUUAGUAAGAUCUUCAGUUCGGUCACGUAAUGCAAACCAAAUGAUAUGAGCAAGACACAACCGGUGAAUUGUAGAAUUCGAAGUUUGAAGACAGAAAUCCACUGAUGUUUAACUGUUUUGCUUUAUCAGUAGCAAAUUCACUUAUGAAUGAAGCCGUGCUUUGAUCGUGCUAUCGUGAUUAUAUAAGUAUUUUGUAGAAAUUCACAAAAAAAUUAUAUAAGAUGCCUAUGACUUACAUUUGUGAAAUCAGAAUUGAUAAUAUAAAGUUUUUAAGGAAAAGCGAGGUUACGCUGAUUAAAUGCAAAUCAGAUAGAAAAAAAGUUACAAUUAAGUACUUCCAUUCUUGGUAUUUACUUUUUGCAUUUUACUAUAAGGAUACUGUCUAUAUAAUUAGUUGCGUUAAUAUCGAGCAUUUGCCAAUUUGGCUCAACAGGGUAAAAGUAAGUUUCAUAAUAUAAUAGCAUCGAAUUGAAAAAUUUUUAAAUUACGUGCUGCGGCUAAUUACACGUUUUAAUUGUAAUUGAAUGAACUGCUUAUUACAAAUUAAAAUUAUUUUCAUUUAAUUAAUAUAUUUUUAACCAACCUUACUUGAUUUCACAAAUGGAUUCAUUACGUUAUGGUCGACCCCAAAUGUUGAUGCCUUACUUGAUGAUGGCUAAAAACAAAGAUUAGUGGAUAUAAUUAAUUGUAGAGUAUUUCAUUCGUAGAAGCGUACGAUUGCAGUCCAGUCUGAUGGACGGCGACGAAAAAAUAACAAGCAAGAGCGAGUGCCAUCUUUUUUGGGAUCUAGCGAGAUUGAUAAGGCAUGCGAGUGGGAACAUUGCAUAAUCGUAUUAGUCAUGGCCGGCAUCGUUGCUUCUCCUGCUUUUCUCUCCGAGUACGCCUCUACUUGACCAAACGUUUUACCAGAAACCUGCCGUUGGCCACUAACGAUAUACUGGAAGCGUGACAUCGAACACUCCUAGAGCAAUUCCAAGCAUGUAUCCUGGCUCGCGUGAUGGGUAACUCAAUAAGGAACUAGGGCUAAAAUGUAUAAUAGAGUAAUGAGCCGAUAGCUAUGGCUGAAUACAAACAGUUUUUUUUUUUAUUGAAGCGCAUUACGCGUUGUGAAUCGGCAGUUUUAGCCAAUUUGUCCCUUUGGCUUCGAUAAUCAGGUUAAACUAGGUAAGACAUGGGAAAAGUUUAGAACUUUGUCCACACACAGGUGCCUUUUCACAGCUUAUAAUAUGCAUUUUUUAUUGCUUUAUUUUUUAUGGAUUGCUCAUUAAUCAAGCACUACCACUGUAUUUCUAAAGCCACAUCUGGUUUCUUAUUUUGAUAAAUAUUCUGAAAACACCUGAAAAUAUAUUGAUAUCGAUAGGUGACCUUCAUAAAUAUAAAAAUCUUGAAUUUAAUUAUUUUUCUUAAACUCUCUGCUUUCGAGAUAUUGAAGAGGCGUAAACUUUUAAUUCUAUAAACGCGUAUCUCGACAACGAAGUACCUGCGAAACCAGCCUCACAAUCUUAGUACUAAUGCGAGUGUCAGUGAUUUAUAAAAAACAUAAUCGGUCAAAUUAUAAUGUUCGAGUUUGCAGCCGCCUUUUAAAUGAAGAUCGUCCAUAAUGACGAUGUAAUGCUUUUAUCGGUGCAAAGCGAAUUCAUCACAAACAGAUCUUCUAUUUCUCCAAGACAAGUCAACAGAGUGCCACUUGCGUCUAAAGAACGAUUUGUGGCUAAAUGCGUAGGUCGCACGCAAAAACAAAAAGUAAAGGAAGUCGUUUUGGGUGGACGUACACGAAAGAUGCAGUCGCUUUUUGUUGUAAGUUUUCCUUGCUCGACCGAUGGUACUGUGGAAGAACAACAUGCGGAAUAUAAUGCUAAGGUUAAGGAGGUUGAACGGUUUCUUGAAUCUCAGUGGAAGUAUGUGACGCAGUAUCGAUUUGUGCAAUUUCGCUACCUUCAUAGUGGGAUCUCGAGUAGUUUGACGCGUCGCAAGCAAAGUAAACUCCUUUAUGAAGUUCCGUUCGUUGAAGCGAUCUUCGAAUUUACCUCUGAGACGGACAUGGAAGAUACAUUGCCCUGCUUGUACACAGAAUGGUGCAAAGAUCCUCCAAUAGAGGCUUGGAUCAAUCGGGGAAGCGACAUUUCAAUUUUCGAUGGAAAAAUUGAGUGGCGUACACGGACGACUUUAAAUAUUGAAAAGGCACAAUUUGGCAUUAUCGAUGGCCUUUCGACCUUUUGUCCGGAAUACACAGUGAAAGCAAAACGUAGCACGAUAUAUAUCCCCGAGAACAUCGUUAAACUAGAGGCGACGUUCGAUCAUACGCAUUCACAGUUGAACUUGGCCAUAACGCACAAACAUUCCUGCGAAGAAAACCUGGAUCAAUUUAGGAAAUAUCGAUUGGAAAUAAAAUAUAAAUCAAUUGCGCGCGUCAUCGUCGAAUUGCAAGAUACUACCGAAAUUUAUAUGAGACUUACCAAUCCUGGUGCUCUUUUCAUUUAUGAUGGAGAACGGGACCCACGAUCAGUGUAUCGUACCAAUAAUAUGGGAUGCAAGAAUAGGAACUGCAGUAUGGGAUUUACAAAUCUGCGUAGACUUGGUGGUGCUAACGUUCUGAAGUUGCGGCUCCCAGACCAACAAUUGAGCUUGUUGCAUCGGUUAUUUAGCCGGCUCCACAGAACGACGAAUUUCGUGGCUAAAGUAAACAGUAUUAAACGCCCACAUAACGAUAAGAUUAAAGCGGUUCGGGGGCAUUUGACUGAUGAUCUAUACCCGCGUAUUCCAUUUCGUGCAGCAUACGCGAUUGAUUCCUGUAGACUUAUCUCACUUGAUCUUUGCCGUCAGAUGGCGAUCAUGAGCAAUGAUGAGAUGAAGGAGUUUUGCUCUCAGCUAGAAGCGCAAGCGCACAAAGAUGGAAAAAUGUUUGAGAGAGCAAUGUUCGAAAUAACGCAGGCUAUAGAUGAGGGUAACGUGAUAAUAUAUCGCCGGGCAGUAAAUGAUGUGCUGAACAAGCUUCACAGGCAGGAUCGCCUGGAGAAAGAGAAAGGGAUUGACCAUGUAAAGGACGAGCCGCUCGUAAAAGGCAUGCGGGUUGUAUACAAGGUCUACGUUACUCCAUCAAGGACAAUACUUCGCCCUCCUGCCGAGCAUGGUGACAACCGCAUCUUGAGGGAAGUCGAUCCUGACAGGAUGUUGAGAGUGGCGUUCCUCGAUGACGAUCAAUGUCCCUUAACGCACGGUUGUGUUGGGCCUUUCGGCAGAGAGUUCCUCAGGCAGACGGUAUACUUCUUCUUGGAGGAGGGCGUUAGACUCGUAGGGCGCACUUACGAGUACCUGGCGGCCUCUUCAUCGCAGCUCAGAGAGCACGGUUGUUGGAUGUACUCGGAAGACAGCGAAGGUCGAACAGCACAUACGAUUCGUAAAUCGAUGGGAAAUUUUGAUAACAUCAAAUAUGUUGGAAAGAAGAUGGCUCGCGAAGGCCAAUGCUUUUCAAGUACAACAGAAACAGUUAAGGUUUCUAACGACGAACUGGAAAUCAUAGACGACAUUAAAGGAGGAAUGCAUGAAUCGAGCCGUAAGCCAUAUACAUUCAGCGACGGAGUUGGGAAAAUUUCACCCGAGCUAAGAGACGAUGUCUGUAAUGCUCUUAAGGACACACUUAAAAAUAAAAUACCUUGCGCUUUUCAGAUUCGAUACCGUGGGGCCAAGGGAAUGGUUGCUGUGGACCCGAACCUGAAGGGUCGCCGGCUUGUUCUUCGAAAAUCGAUGGUCAAAUUUGAAUGUGAUACUUCUGAUUCGUUUGAAGUUAUUAAGGUUUCUGAAGAGCGGAACGUCACCUUGAAUCGUCAGAUAAUUACAAUCCUCGAACAGAUGGGUGUUAAAACUAACGUAUUCUUGCACUAUCAGGAACGCAAUAUUCUGGACUUCACGGAUGCGCUUUUGAUGGAGUCAGCCGCAGCUGCACGGCUCCAGUCAUAUAUAAGAGACGAUCAAGAGGACGCAUUUGCGUUAAACUUCCGUGACUUUCGAGAUAACCAUAUGUCGAUCAUCAGGGAUCCAUAUUUCCGGUCAAUGCUGCUUACGUUGUACAAUAGCAUUUUAUCAAAUUUACGGAGCAAGUCACGAAUCGCUAUUCCGUGGACGUUAGGACGUAAUUUGCUCGGCGUAAUGGAUGAAACAGGAACUCUCGAAUAUGGAGAGGUGUAUGUCCAGUAUACAGUACGUGAAGACGUUUCGGACGAGGAUUAUUAUAAUAGAAUAACCAAAAGAGGCGCCAAUCCAUCGAAAAGAAAUAGGGACAAUGUGGCAGAGGACGACGAACAUUCCGAAACAAAAUUAAAAGGCACAACAAAGGUUCUAACAGGUCCAGUUGUGGUGACAAAAUGUCCGUGUGUUGCUCCUGGUGACGUGCGAAUGUUCACCGCAAUAGACGUGCCGCAACUGGCCCACCUAAAGGACGUAAUAGUGUUUCCAGCUAAAGGGCCUCGCCCUCAUUCGAACGAAAUGGCUGGUAGCGAUCUGGACGGUGACGAGUACGCGGUUAUUUGGGACGAACGUUUUUUUUUCAAGUGUCAGUGUGAGGAGUGCAAAAAUCGUCGCAACGGUGCUGAGGAGAAUCCAAGCACAUCCCGUCGGGCAGUGCUAUAUAACCAUCCCGCAAUGAACUUCUCUGAUGAACCCCCUAAAGAAAAAAACAAUAUUAGUUUAAAAGAUUACUAUGAGUUCUUUUGUGACUAUAUCAUGACCGAUCAGGUCGGUCGAGUUAGCAAUGCUCAUCUAGCUAGUGCUGAUCAGGAACCUGAGGGAAUAUUUUCCGAAAAGUGUGAUAGACUAGCUCGCAAGCUAAGUACUUGCCUAGAUUUCGCAAAAACCGGACAUAAAGAUAAUUGCGGAGUGUCAGACUUUGUGAAACGUUAUCCUGACUUCAUGGAAAAACAAAGUCAUAAAAAGACGUACAGAUCUAAUCGAGCCCUUGGACACUUAUUCCGUUCAUGUCGCGUUCUGGAAGGCUCUUUCAACCUCUCGUCUAUGGGAAGUGAUGAUAAAUAUGUGAACGAGCUUUUUCUGUUACCCGGAUGGGAUAAGAUGGCCGAACCCGCCAGGCGACUCGUCAUGCUGUACGAUCAGCGGCUGCGUAAAGUUCUUGAACAAGCUGGCAUUGUCUCAGAACCUGAAUUGAUGACUGGGCUCAUCACUCACUUUGAUAAGUAUCAAAGUAAAAACUUCCACGAGGUUGAAGAACGGCAAGAACAGCUUGCGGCACAGCGGUCAUAUUUGUGCCGACGAAUGACCGAAGAUUUUGACAAGUGCGUGGAGAACGCUCUCUCUGAUACUGACAGAGACAAUGAAGAAAAAAGGACUGAAACGCAACUAUAUUUGGCAUCAGCAUGUUAUGCUGUCGUGUACAAUCCAAAACCAACAGAUCCAAAGACAGAGUUUAAAGGAUUGCCGUGGAUUUUCUCGCCUUAUCUUAUGAGGUGCCUCGAAAUGACUAGAGCCAUGUAUCCAUCAGCGUUCGACCCGAUCCCUGACUCCCCUAUAACAGUCAAAAUUACUGAUGCCAUCGUGAGAAAGAUCCAAAGGGAGGCGCCGGAUUUGCAGGACCAAGGAUCCUUUAUGCACGUUUAUAUUACAUUAGUGAGCUGGGCCGAAAUCGAAGACCUUCACCGCCGAAUCCGCGAUGAAGCCAAUGCUCCGAACUGUCCCCUGAUUUGUGCCAAAUGUCUUAAAAUCCUGUAUCUGGCUAGCAGGAGGAGCUCUAUGUUUGAUGAGCACUACGAUGGGCUGAUGGGCUCAGAGGUGCUGCUGUUUAUGCGUUACUGCGCGAUGGAGUUCGAGUCAAAAACGAGCGUCGAAAAACUUGGUUUUGGCGAUUGUACAUCAAUGUGUGGGAUGAGGCGUAACGAUACGAUAAUUCGCCAACGCAUUACUAUGGCCGCUAUGAAAACGUACAGCAGGCUAGCGGUAUCAGGUGACGUGUGUUCGAUUGCGGGCCUAUCAUGUGAAUUCGAGCACAAUAAAACAUUGAAUUAUGCAGCACCACAGCGUGAAGGUUCUCCAAUGGUACUUUGCAUAGAGAAGGAGUAUAGUCGUAGACUAUUCUACGAGAACAUGUCUGAGGUGCAAGACAUUUUAAAAGACUGGUGUGGCGCAGAUUCACCCGAGGACCACCUGUCUUUGAUAUUCAAGGACAGUCGCGACCGAACCCAGGUGGCAGUUGUCCUUGUGGCUCGAGACCUUGCCCACUGCCGGCUCGAGGAGAAAUUGUAUGGCUACGAAAACGAGGAUGCGUUAAUCGCAGAUGUUCAGAACGAGCUAAAAAAGCGACGACAGAGUCGUGUAGAUAUGCUAGACAAUCAUAAAUAACUCCAGCAGAUUACUCUACACUUGCAAUAAAAAUUACUACGAUUAAAUAACUGUUUU